GGUCAUAAAAUUCCGAACCGACUUUCGUAACACAAUCUACGAUUUGUUCCUGCACAGAAAAUGGGAGCUCACCACGCACGAAACCGACUGGAACAUGUGCUGGUCGGAGAAGGACUGGAUCAACGAGGUGUACGACACGCUGUCCCUGAGGAACAAUCAGUACGUUAACCACUUCAGGAAUUACUACGAGCUCACGCGGAAGGACCUGCUCGCAAAAAACAUGAAAAGGUUGAAAAAGCAAAAUGAGAAAAUAAAAAACGAAGAGGAGCUAAAGCUGAUUGAUAUAACCCCCGUGACGUUUGUCCUUCCACUUGAGUACAAGCUCUUUCUCGAGGAAUACAAACGAAGAAGUAACCGUAUGUGGAUUAUGAAACCGAUUGGGAAGUCACAGGGGAAGGGUAUCUUUCUGUUCAAUAAAAUAUCACAGAUUAAGAGUUGGAGUGUCGGACGGCUGAAGGAAAAGGACGUAGACAGGGGGAGAUCCCCAGAGCGGGGAGGAGACGCAUGCCGAAAUAAAGCGGCAAACGUGGGAGGGUCCCCCGAGAGGGGAAGAGAUGCGUGCCGAAAUAAAGCAGCAGACGUGGGAGGAUCCCCCGAGAGGGGAAAAGACGCAUGCCGCAAUAAAGCCGCCGAACUGGAGAAGCCGUUAGAAGGAGAAAAAGAAGCGGAGAGACCAGAGCAGUACAUCGUGCAGGAGUAUAUCCCCAACCCCCUGCUGAUCGGUGGGAAGAAAUUCGACAUACGUCUGUACGUCCUCAUCAUGUGCUACUCCCCCUUGACGAUAUACCUCUACAGGAGUGGCUUCGCUAGAUUUUCACAUACUUAUUUUAAAAACGAAAAAAAUAACAUGACAGAUAUCACGAUGCACUUGACCAAUGUCUCAAUACAAAAAAAUGCACAGGGAUAUGAUGACAACGUGGGAGGUAAAUGGUUUGUGAGAGAGUUAUUCCUCUACAUGAUCAGUCGUUAUGGAGUCGAUCGAAUCACGACAUUAAUUCGAGACAUAGAAAAUUGUAUCAUUCAGUCCUUCCUAGCAGUUCAUAAAAUCAUCAUAAAUGAUAAACACUGUUUUGAGCUGUAUGGAUUCGACAUACUUAUCGAUAGCAAUUUAAAACCAUGGCUCAUUGAAGUCAACUCCUCUCCUUCUCUCUCUGCCAAUACUAAGGAAGACUAUGCACUUAAGUUCAACAUGCUCGAUGAGUUAAUGUCCUUAAUUAAUUUAGAGAUGUAUGACAUGCCGGAGACGGACCGAGUUGGUGAUUUUGAUUGCAUCUACAGGAGGGGCAGUGCACAGCUCUCCGGAACGGAGCAUCUCAAGCAAAUGGCAAAGGAUAUCAAACGGGGCAUGGGCUCCGAAAAAACAGGGACAGCAUG